AUGGUUCUGAUACAUUCGGCACCGUGUGUUAGUAGUAACCCCUAUUAUAACUAUGUGAGUUUCGUUUUACUAUGCGCUAUUAUAAUACCCGUAACACUGUUCAUAAUUGAAAUAUAUCAACAAUUUUCAAUUAUUAUUCGAUUACAUUCAACGAUCUCAGGUUACUGUAGUGAUCCAAGAGGUUAUGGUAGUCGAUUGCUAUUAUGUAUUACGUUUCUCAUCGGAUAUGUACUGGUUAAUUUAUUAAUCGAAGAACAGCAACAACAGAAAAAUAUGUUAAAAUUUCUAUUACAAUCAACUGUGUCAAUGUGUCUACCUUUAGUGGGCAUAUUUUACACUCGUGGUAAAGGUCUUGCUCGAAAUGAAUACUUUCAGUUUGGUAUUACAAGAAGAAUUCCAAUUUUCAUCAGUGAACUCAUUCAUGUUGUAGCAGCUCUCGGUUGGGUAUUUGUUUUUACCUACUUUAAUUUGGAAUAUAGCAUCUCCCUAUUGAUAAAUAAACAUUAUCCUAAGUAUGAUUAUGUUUAUUUUACUUUAUCAUGUUUAGUUAUGUUACUCACCAUACUAUUUAUUAUAAUCCAAUGUAUAAUAAUGAUUCAUAAUAGUGAUCAUGUCAGUACAGAAGAAUUUUACUGUCCAGAUUGUACCACGACAGAAGCUUAUGAGGAAAAUCGAUCGUUCUUUACACUGAAUGAAUCAACCACUCAAAUUUUACAUCAAAAUGCAUGUCGUCGAUGUUUUCGUUUGUCACCAAUGGAAGCGAGCUCGCUAACAAAUGAUGGCCAAGAGUUAAGAAUAGCAAUUGUUUUACAGGCAAUACCAGAGACAAAUAUUUUUAGUUGGAUUAAAUUUCAUAUCUGUUGUGGCCAAAACAGAUACAUUAGACCAUCGUCAUAUAUAAAAUGUCAUGUAAUUAGUUUUAUUCUUGAAUUAGUUAUUUUCUUUGGUACUGCUGGUCUAGCUAUUGGAGGAUGUUUUAUGAGAAAAUAUGAGAAUUGUCUGUAG